UGCCUUCAUUGUCAUUUUAACAACUAUUGGAAUGUUGCGUAAUAAAUUUAUAGGUUAAACUGAUGACAAAAUGCCGCCGACUCAUCGGCAAACGAUACAGGGCUCGCAGCGGGCGGAGCAGAUGCGCCAGCUGGAGCAACUGCAGCGCCAACAGCAGCAACAGGAGCAGCAGCAACGGAUACAGGUAUUGCAGCGUCAGCUGCAGCAACUGCAGCAGCAACAGUCGCCGCAACAGCAGCAGCAGCAACAGCAAAACCAGCCUCCGCCACCGCCGCAGAUUGUAUUCGCACGUGGCUAUCCGCCGGAUAAUGCACGUGGCGAAGGCAACCGGAUCAUCGUCAUUAUACCGGAAGAAUUAUAUCAAAGAUUCAUACGUUUCGUAUAUCUGUGGGCACUCUUCUUCAUACUCAUCUACUGCACCACCUGUCUGGUCAUAUCGACCUUGCAAAUCAAUCUGCGCGCCGAGGUGCCGGUGCCCUUCUAUGUGUGGCUCAUAUUGGGGUUCGUCCUGAUGAUAAUACUGCAGUGCUGUCCGAAGACGCAGCGCAUCUAUCCGCUCAACUGGAUACUCGUCAUCCUGAUUGUGCUCACGAUAACAUUGACCAGUGCGUAUGCAAUGGAUCUGUACGACUGGAAGGUCCUGCUGACUGGCAUGGCCAUAUCGUUCGUUUUGGUUGCACUCUUUCACGUCAUGGGCGCGCUCUGUCCGCAGACCUGGCUGCCGGGCGGCCUGCUCACUGGCUGCCUAACGCUCUUCAUGAUAGUCGCCAUCAUUGUGUUACUAUUCCUGAUGAUCUUCUUGCGUGAUCCGGUCUAUUGCCUGGUCUUCUUUGUCCUCCUACUUGCGGUAACGCUAUUGGGCAUGCCAUAUCAUGCGCAAUUUAUACACGGACGCCUCCAGGCCAUACCAUUGUUUACAAUGGGCACCUGUGCCCUCUCUGUCUUCAUUGACUUCAUCAUCUGCGCCCUGUGUAUUUCCAUUUUCUAUUUGUACUAUAUCUACGCGACAACGGGCGUAUGGUUCAGAAUGUGGUUAAGUACAUAA